AUGGGUGUGGAGAGAAGGCCUUGGCUAACGCCAAAUACGCAGCAACACGUGGGCCUGGAUUCUGCCUCCAUAGGACACAAGCAGUCAGGAUCCCCACACCUGAUAGCCCUACACCUUAAUGAGGACCCACCGGUCAGAGGAAGAGCUAACGAGGGGGGUGAAACCCAUAAAGGGAGGCCCCAAAAGAGGUGCAAAAGUGAUGCAGCUGGGGACGUGCAUGGGGAAGGGCUGGUGUGGGCAUCGCUCUGCCCUUACACCUCACCUCGGGGAGGGUCUGAGGCCUCGGGAAAGACCCGUGUGAGUGGAGAAACCGUGGAUGUGCCCAGCCCUUCACACCACAAGGAUAAUUCAGUCCUGUGGGGAAACGCGGUGCCUGCCCCCGAGGAUCUCGCACCGCGAUGGGCCCAGUACAGGAGCAACCGGCACUUCAGCUCUGCUGGAACGAAGCGGCGUGGAGAUGGCAGGGGUGUAAAUCAGCCCCUUCCUCGCUCUGCCGCAGCCAUCCGCCCUCGGUUUUGCAGUGUGCCAUGCCCUGGGCUCGCCCCUUGCUGGGGCUGGGUCCCAGCAGCCCACCAGGCUUCAGUCCUGCUGGAAAUGGCAGCGCAUCGCUGCUCGCUGGGCACCCGUCAGGCUAAAUCACCAAGGAUAAAAAGGCAGAGAUGUGGGGAAAUGGGGCCAGCGUGUACGAGAGCUGAGUGUGCAGCUGGAUUGCCCACCAAGCCCUGCACCUGCAGAGGGCUGGAGCUGCCCUGCUGGCUGCUGCCAGCCUGGCCCCGUGCUGUGUUUGCCUUCUGGAUGUCCCUGCGUGGCCGUGCCAUGCGGGAAGGGCACAGGAGCGGGGUGGGAUGGUGGCUGCCAUCCCCUCCCUGCAAGCGUUGGUUGGAGCCAGCACGGCCACCAUCACGUGCAGCAGCUCCUGGUUCAAACCCAGCAGGCACCCCUGGAACGGGAGCAAGGCUCCUCGGGAAGGGGCUCAGCGUGCUAGGAUGCGUUCCUCCUACCCCAGCUGGCCUGUGCUAUCCACGUCUGGGUGUAAGUGACACCCCCACCAUGCCAGGUCCUUGACCUGGGAGGAAUUGCUUGGCCACGCCGGCCACCUGACUGCUGGGGCAACCUGCUGCAGAGAGAGGCUUCGGCACAGCCUGGUGCCAGGGCGAAGGGGCUGCUUUGAUCCCACUCUCGGGGGGGCCACAUGAUCCA